AUGUCCCAUUCCCAACAAACGGAGCUGCCUGAUCAGGUAGUAGCAGAUCUCGAACCAAGCUACAUGUCAAACAACACGACUCAAGGCCCACUGGCUAGUGAGGACUCAGAUAAGGAGAAAAACAUCGAAAAUGACGGUUCAGCACUUCCUCGACUAUCGCAUCGACCUCCCACAACCGAAGAUGGAUACGACAACCAGUAUAAAAUUGAGGAUAAGCCCGAUGAAGAUAUUCAGGAGGGUGUAAGAGAAGCUGAAGCUCUUACUCUUACCUGGACAAGGAAAUGGUUGAUCGUAGCCUAUGCCAUCAUGUUCCUCCUCUAUCUCGUUCGAGCAUUCGAGAGCUCGGUCACCUCUAACCUUGGUCCUUACAUCGUUUCCGGUUUCGAGGCACACUCCCUUAUUCCCAUCAUCUCCAUCGUUGCGGACAUCAUGGGGGCCGUCACCUAUCUUACCGUUGGUCGAGCUGUCAAUGUAUUCGGAAGAUUGAAAGGUCUGAUCGUGUUAGUUGGACUCGCUACGAUCGGAAUGAUCCUCAGUGCUACUUGUAACAACAUUGCUACAUACUGUGCUGCCCAAGUGUUCUACGCAGUUGGUUUCGCUGGUAUGAUCUUCUGUGUCGACAUCAUCACCGCCGAUACAUCGUCACUCAAAGAUAGAGGUCUUGCCUACGCUUUCACAUCAUCGCCAUACAUCAUCACUGCUUUCGCAGGAUCUAAAGCAUCUGAAGGGUUCUACGAAUCCAACUGGCGAUGGGCUUACGGAGGUUUCGCGAUCAUCCUUCCAGCUGUUGCCACUCCAUUGAUCGCAAUCAUGUUCUGGAGUAAACAGAAGGCGAAGAAGAAUGGGUUACUCCAACCCAGAAAGCUUUCCGACAGGACUUUCGUUCAAUCGUUAUGGUACUAUGCUGUUCAAUUCGACAUCUUCGGCAUGUUCCUCGUCGCCGGUGGUCUCACCCUCUUCCUCCUCCCCUUCUCACUCGUGUCCACCUAUGAAGACUCAUGGAAGAAUGGAGGUAUCAUCGCCAUGAUCAUCAUCGGCGGUCUCAUGCUGAUCUCCUUCGCCUUCUUCGAACGAUAUCUCGCCCCCGUACCUUUCAUUCCUUGGAAUCUCUUGGUGUCUAGAACAGUCCUUGGUACUUGCAUCUUUGACUUCAUAUACCUUAUUGCCUACUAUUGCUGGGCGAGUUACUACACCUCUUACCUUCAGGUCGUAUAUGACGUUUCGAUCUCCGUCGCUGGUUACAUCAGCAGUGCCUCCGACGUCGUCAACGGUGUAUGGUUAAUCGCCGUCGGUAUUCUCAUCAGAAAGACUGGAUAUUACAAAUGGCUCAUGUGGCCAAGUGUCUUGCUCUAUGUCUUAUUCACCGGUUUACUCAUCUACUUCCGAAACCCCAAUCAGUCCGUCGGCUUCAACGUGAUGUGUCAAAUCUUCCUUGCUAUCGCUGGUGGUACUCUGGUCAUCUGUAUGCAAGUCGCCGUCCUCGCUUCUGGUAGUCACAACGACUCUGCUGCGCUUCUCGCCAUCCUCAGCACAUUCGGCAAUGUCGGUGGGGCUGUGGGUAACUCAAUUUCCGCCGCCAUAUGGACUCACACAUUGCCCAACGCGUUGGCUUCUCGACUUCCUGCUGACACAAUCGAUCUUCUGGACGAUAUCUACGAAAGUCUCGACGUCCAACUGUCUUACCCAAUCGGUGACCCAACUCGUACCGCCAUCAUCGAGGCUUAUGGUGUUGGUCAAAAACGAAUGUUGAUCGCUGGUACUGCCAUCAUGGUUCUCUGUUUGGGAUGUCUCCUGUUCAUCAAGAAUAUCAAGGUGUCGGAAAUCAAGCAAGUCAAGGGUAUGCUUUUCUAA